AGUCUGCUUCAUGUUAUUUUGAUUCAUCAAUGUGGUAGUUUUUCUUUCUUCUUCUUUUCCUUUAUUUUUGGGAUAAUUGUUAAUUGGUGGUGCUGUUGAGUCACAAAGAAACAGCCUCUGUUAUUUGUGCAUAAAUAUUAUUGGAGUUCUGCGUUUAAAUCCCAGAAAAUGUUUGUGUGAGAUUAAAUGUUGGUUAGUUUCUCUCAAGGUUGGGUUAGUAUCGUGUCGAAUCUGGAUAAUUAACAACUUGUUGAACUUUGGUUUACAGUUUUCCUCCGUUCUUUCUAAGAAAAAUUCGUGUUUACUGAAAACUGUGAUGUUGUAUGAGUUACAUGUAAUUCAAGGAUUCUUUCACCAUGUCUCCAAUUUAUUGACUUCGAUUAUAUUAUAGUCAGUGAAUUUACUCCGAAAUGACCUGUAGAAUUCUAUGAAGUAUAUGCUGGCAGUUUGUUGAUGACUAAAUGAAUAACUAAGUUCCUUGUAUUUCCUAUUUCAGUUAAAGACUGGUAAAGAAGAGGUUGACCUUGCAUUGGUGAUGGUGGAAGUGUGGUGGUCCCUAUUAGCUGCGAUCCCCGCAGUGGUUGCAGGACAAGCAUUUCGAGUGAAGAAAAGGCGCGCUGAAGAGCAGAGAUUAAAGAGUGCCAGGGGGAGAGAGAAGAAUUCUGAUGAGAUUUUUGUCUGUGAGAGGGUAUGUACAUCCAAGAGAAUGCUGAAAAAGCUAGGUGCAUUCCCAAAGGACCCAAUUCCUGAUACUUGUGUCACUGUUUGUGGUGUGUCGGAGCUGGAUGCAUGUGCUGAUGCAUGCGCACGCACUGUUUGCGUAAACCAACAUCAAGUACCUAACUGGAAUGACAUAUGCCUUCGGAGAUGCCAGAGUGAAUGUCUAAAACUCUCUUCUUCCAGUUAUUCUUAGUGUAUUUUUUUCAACUUAAAAGAGGAAUGUGUAUUACAAGUCGAGUUAUCAUAGUUUUAUGACAUAUUCUCCGAUUAUCGGCUAUCAAUUUUAAGAAGCUUGGACUAAAUUUUUGUGCUUGAUUGCUCUUAAGGCUGAUUUCUGGCACAAACUUGAUUGUUGAUUUUUUGAAUUACCUUUGUUAUAUCUCUGGCGUUCAGCA